CAUGUAUUUCUCUUUUCCCAAAUUUGUUUCAUUUGUAAAGUUUUUUUCUCUCUCUUCUCUCUCUCUCUCGUACGCUCCCUCUCUCUUUCUCACCAUCUCACACUUUCAUCUCUCCUCCCUGUCUCAUCUCCUCCACCACCGCAUCCACCACAGCCUCCACCACCACCUACAAAUCAAUCUCCGAAUCAGAACGUCCUCUCCGCUUCCGGUGAUGCCGCCGUCAUCAGAAUCACGUUAUUCUCCCUCUCAGGUUGUUGAAGUUUCAACUUCCAAAACUGGAAAACAUCAUGUUAAGUGUUGCUUUGAAGUUUAAAACAUGAUUCCUAGCCAUAACAAGCCGUCACCGACGCCUUUCCAGGAGGUGCUUUUUAUGGCUAUUGAUGGUGUUGCAUCGAGGGCUAAAAUGAACUAGCAACGGUCUAGGCGGUUUAGGGCAGCUGAAGAUGCAUCUAAUGCGAGUGGGGACAAGGCUAUGAUUUUUUGUUUUGUGGAGUUUACUGAACCCAAAUGUGCUCUCACCGCCAUGGACGCUCCGCAAGGUUUGAUUGAAAAACAUGAAAUAACAUGUAUAGAGUAUUUAUACCGGCGAGGAAAAGAGUUCCGACCGAGAGAGUUGCGGUGGCAGUUCGCGGUGACACCGCCGUGCUUGGCGAUGGAGGUGAUGAAGCCUUUUUCUCCUUCUUUCCUCUGGUUUAAGAUGUACUCUCUUGCUGAUCCAUCUGGACGGAAAACAACAUUGGUGGCCAUGAGGAACUCCAUAUAUCUAAUCCCUUUGGGUAUUUUGGCAUAUGAUUGGGGCGUGACUUCUGGAUGGUUUUGUCUCGAGUCCACUGCACUUGCACUUGCACUUGCAAUAAGCGCCGCAGCGUUUUCAUUUUAUAGAGACCGUACUAAGGAAAGAGCUAGGAGAAUGUUUCAUGCGAGUCUUCUUUAUCUCCCUGUUUUUGGAAUAUAUGUGAAGAUGACUAAGAUUUCUGAGAUUAUUGGCCGAAAAAUUGAUUUUCAAUUGAGAGUUCGAGUAAUUAAUCUCUGGUCUACACCAGAUCGUGCUAAUCCGAGAGAAGAAGGGGCUCUCCACAUGAUUUUCCUUGAUAAAGAUGUUGAGAAAUUAGAUCUUAUAACUGCUGCUAUGGGACAUGCAUUGGCCACAGAAGGAGGAUUCUGCACCAGAAGUGCGAGAGUUAUAGAUCAUCAAGUAUGGUUCUUAUAAAAUUGGUACUGCAUCAUCUGUAAAUGCAGCUUACAUAUUUUCCAGAAACAAUCUUUCUCGGCCUGCUAUACAGCUUCUUGUGCAAGCAAAGCUAUUGUAGGGUGGAUUUUGAUCUAGCUUGAAGGUUUUGAUCAUCUGUUAUAAGAGAUUACUUCUUAUUGGCAACUAGAGAUCGAAUCAGUAAACCUUUAUUUAUGGUUUAAUUGAUUCAAUCCAACCGCUUGAACCAAAUGACUUAAUAAACAAGUAAUUAAUAAAAAUGAAAACAAUGAGCCAGUUGAACCAACCACAUUUCAACUCAGUUCAAUCCGGCAAUCCUCUUCUGUGAUGGUCAUUGUGGCAAUUGUAUGUUCCUAUUUGCAGGAUAAAUUGAGGCACCAGGUUGUUUUUGACACACUCAGGGGUGAUUGGAUGAUUGCCUUUGGAUAUUGGGAAUUUGACCCAAUGAAGCUUAGUAAUCCAUUCCCUCACAAUAACAGAAGUUCAGUUCACAUUUGGCAGGGCUAUGAAGAUAAAGUAGUACCCUCUCAAAUUCAAAGAUUCAUUUCAGAGAAGCUACCAUGGAUACAAUAUCAUGAAGUUGUAGAUGGUGGUCAUUUGAUUGUACAUUAUAGUGGCUUAGGCGAGGCGAUUUUGAAGGCACUUUUACUUGGGGAAGAAGAUAUUUCAUAUAAACCUAGAUCAUCUGUAUCUUAAUUUUGCCAUGACUUUUAUCAUAAUCCAAUGUUUAUUAUUGGUUAAUUUUUUGGAGAAGUGCCAGAUAUUUAAAUCACAUUAUUUGGUUGAAAGGAGGAAACUAUCAUAUACAAUCAUGUAUACUGUCUUUAUUCAUUUUUGAAAGAAAUGUUAGAAACAUGUUUUUUUUUGCUAA